AUGGGAUCUCCAACCUUGACAGACGUGCUGCCGGGACGAGGUGGAAGUUGGCAAACAAAUGUGGAUGCCCACAAACGCACAGACAGAGUGAGCUUGAUCCGAAGUGGCAGGAGGACUGGCCAAAUGUGGGCUGGUCUCCAGGUCUACCGGCAAGAGAACUGGUUGAGUAAACUUACUCUUACAAUCGUUGCUAGCGUCAACUGUUGCAAUGGAUUCUACAAUGUGGCUACGUCAGGCGAGUCGAAUGCUGUGAAAAUGUCACUUGGCAACUGUGUCAGAAACUGGGAUUUCCACUUUCUGCCUAAUCAGACACUUUUUACAACCCGGUUUAUGUUCUUGUUUAGCGACAUUUUGUUGCCAGUUUUGAACAGCCUCGUUUGGAAAGAUAAAAACAAUCCUGGCUCUGGACAAAAGUGUGUUGGAAUUGAUGGCUUCGAUUACCGCAUGUCGGAAGGGUUGCGGAGCCAUUUGCAGAAGAUGUCAUUUGUUGCUGCACUUGGCUCGACGGUGAGGCCAGUUGUUUGCACAAUCGGAAAGGACUUGUUUUCGACUUGCCAAGCAACCCAUUUCAAGAAAGUCGAUCGCUUUCAUCCUCAUCAUGACAUCUCGUCAGCCAAUCGAAUUGCCAGCUCGUCCAGCAUUUGCUGCCAUCCAUUUUUCCCCAUUCCUCCCGUCCACAGCGAAGCCCAUUUUGGUGGCACGACGAGGAGUGGUCAAGCGUGA